AGCAAAACCAUAAAAAAUGGACUCUACAAAAGGUGUCGUAGGACAGAAAUUCUAUUCUUGUGCCUGUUUUUGCACGGACAAUAUUUAUCUUGGAGAAUAUAAAUUACACGUUAAAUUCAUUUCUGAGCUGCAGUUCAGAAAAGAUUAUCAGGCGGUGCUGAGAAAUCAUGGAUGCACAACUAACCAGCAUUUUGAGGACAUUCUGAAGAAGAUUGAAGCAGAGAUUCAGAGACGACGACAACUAGGUGUCAAGUCAGCUGAAAGAACAGCUUUCAUAAGUGAAUUCUAUAAGCCCCUGCACAGGCAUGUGUAUGUUUUACAGGAAUCCUACUUGGCCCCUGAAUUUCUGCAGAUUGUGAACUAUUCACGCUCAAAACAUGCUACAGUAGAAGGCCUGCACAGUUUCAUUCAACCCCUGGCAGCAGAAAGAGUCUACCGCUUGCCUGUGUUCACGAAGCAGUUCUGCACAGACCUGAUUGAGGAACUGGAGAAUUUUGAGCAGUCCGACAGUCCCAAAGGCCGGCCCAACACCAUGAACAACUAUGGGAUCUUGCUAAAUGAGCUGGGAUUUGAUGAAGGACUCAUCACCCCUCUGCGCGUCGACUACCUCCGCCCCAUUACUGCGCUCCUUUACCCAGACUGCGGAGGGGACUGUCUCGACAGCCAUAAGGCUUUUGUGGUGAAGUACGCCUUGGGUGAGGACCUGGAUUUGAGCUACCACUACGACAACGCUGAGGUCACACUGAACGUGUCCCUAGGCCAGGAGUUUACCGAGGGAAACCUGUAUUUUGGCAACAUGAAAGAGGUUCCCAUCCAUGAAUCGGAGUGUGUGGAAGUCGAGCACCGUGUAAUGGAGGGCCUCCUCCACCGGGGGCAGCAGCUGCACGGGGCGCUGCCCAUCACGGCAGGCCAGCGCUGGAACCUCAUUGUGUGGAUGAGGUCCUCAGAGGAGCGCAACAAACUCUGCCCCAUGUGCAACAAGCAGCCCGAACUGGUGGAGGGGGAGGGUUCCGCCGACGGGUUCACAAAAGUUCCCCCUUCGCAGAAUUCCACGAGUACGCCGUGUGCUCUGACCUAGAACCACAGCUCGGCUCAACCCAGCAAGUGAGCUCCCCUGCAAGAUGUAUUAAUCCAGGACACGGUACGCACCUAGUUACGCCACCCGGAAGGAAACUGAACUGCCCAAGAAAAAAUACGUUUUUGUCAUAUACAAUUUAAUUGAAACUAGUAAACGCAUAAAAGGAACUUACCUUUUUGAAGCGGCUUACUAAAUGUGUUGGGAGACCGAGUGUCAACAGGAGUGAAGUACUUAAGUAGUGGUUAAAGGGAGAUUCCCCUGGACUGAAGUGGACCCGGAGCUGUGCUGCCUGCCUGGAACAGACUCAGCUCUUUAUAUUCCUCCAGGCAUCUUGGGCUGGACUGGGCCGCACAGCCCAAUGG